CAAGAACGGCAGCCAUACACGGGACAAGAACCAAAAUUGUCGAAUUGGUUUGCUUAGCUGCUGGACAUGGAUAAGGGAGCACCUCGGAAGGCCAAGCUCCUCUCAGGCCCUCCCUCUCUUCGGCGCCUAUGUGCACGUUGGCUCUCGAGAUCACCCUCCAAGGUUGUCGAAACUGUCGAGCCCGCAGAGAAGUCGCACAAGCAGCAAGAUGAGCAGCAUUGUCGACGGUCGUCGCACAACGAAGACCUGUUCGAGGAUUGCGAGGUGACGCUCAACGGGUUGACGUCCCGGAACCCGCACUGCUUCCUGGAGCUGACGGCCAAAGGGAAGCCCCUGGGCCGACUCGAGAUCGAACUGCGGGCCGACUUGGUGCCCAGGACGGCCGAGAACUUCCGGCUCCUCUGCACGGGAGAGAAGGGCUUCGGCUACAAGGGCAGCACGUUCCACAGGAUCGUCAAGGACUUCGUCUGCCAGGGCGGCGCAUUCGAAACGUCCACGGGCAAAAAGUGCGGCCGAUCGGCGUUCGAGCAGCGGUUCUUCGAGGACGAGAACUUCGCGCUGAAGCACACGGGACGCGGCCUGCUUUCCAUGGCCAACCUGGGGCGCAACAGGAACGGCUCGCAGUUCUUCAUCAUGCUCGCCAAGCAAGGCGCCGUUCAUGGACAACAGGCACGUGGUGUUCGGCAGGAUCACCAAGGGCAUGAACGUGGUCAAGACCAUGGCCUCCUACGGGACCAUCAGCGGCAAGCCAACGACCGAGACUCAAGGCGAAGCCCUUUAAUGGACCCGACACUGGAGCACCUUUGCACGAGGACAUACACGCCAGCACAGGUUAACUCACUCGUACAUGCUUCUGGCAAGGACAUGUGCUUCACACUUCUCCAUCAUCUAAUCGUGAUGGCCCGACCUUUUUUUUUUUUCGGUAGUUUACGGCCAUGUCGCUGCUAGACAGGUGCGUAAUGACGCGUUUCUCUCGACACGACAGGUGCCAUGGUUACACCGACACUGUUGACAAAAGAAAAGUAAACUCUCGGGUGUGGAACAAUGAA